AAAAGACUUCGUGUUAACUCGGCUAAUUCCGCGCCUCUUCCUGAAUGGAAGAAACCCGAGGACAGCCGAUAGGUUAUUCUAAAGAUUAAAAAAAAGCGGUAGAUACACGGACAUAAAGCGACUAAGUUAUUUUUGAAAGAUGUCAACUGUUAAAGGAGACCCUAUCCUGAUAUCAGCAGUACCAUUACCAGACACAGAUCUACCUCCGAGAUAUGAAGAUUAUGAGGAAAAAACUUCUUUGACAAUCAAUUUUGACAAUGAGACUAUUAUGACGGGUAUUGACAGUGAUCCAUCUGAUGAUUCUGACAGAAGUUCUGCUUUGUUUGCAAGUUUCAUCAAAGUCCAUGACAAUGUAACACAAUUCUAUACAACUAACUACAAACCAAUAUGGAAGAUACUGUAUGUGUCCUUGUUUAUUGGUUACCUUGCUUACUUUAUUAGUGCUAUGGUAAAGUGUUCAGUAGACAAAGUCAGAGAUCCAACACCACUCCUGGUACUGACCAUUGUUGUACUGGCUUUCUUUGUCAUAUGGUUUAUCAGAAAGAGAUUUGAAGAAGACAUUUACAAGGCCUUUGUACAGCCUGUCAUUGAUUGUUUUACAACCAAGCAAAGACUUCAGACGUUUGUCAAAAUAUUGUUUAUGAUAGCAGUUAUCAUUGGUGUUAUUACAUUGAUUGUGACAUCAGUUUGGAACCGUCCACAGAAUUUAAUCUCACUAGCAGGAAUGGCUGUGUUCCUGAUCAUCCUGCUGAUAUGUUCUGCUCAUCCAACAAAGGUGAAUUGGCGACCUGUCAUUGGUGGUUUUACCCUACAGUUUUUCUUUGCUGCAAUCAUAUUGAAAUGGAGUGUUGGUUUCCAAAUAUUUGAAUUUCUUGGAAAACAAGUUCAAACUUUCCUGAUGUUUACAGAUAAAGGAACAGAAUUUGUUUUUGGAGAAAAGUAUACAGAACAUUUGUUUGCCAUGAAGAUUUUACCAGUGGUUGUAUUUUUUAGUUGUGCGAUAUCAGUGCUAUAUUAUGUUGGUGCUAUGCAGAUUGUGAUUGGUAAGAUAGCAUGGGUAAUGAGAGUGACACUGGGAACGACAGCUGCAGAGUCACUAUGUGCUGCUGGAAAUAUAUUUGUUGGCCAAACAGAGGCUCCUAUCCUAAUCGGACCAUUUCUAGGGUUAAUGACCAAGUCAGAACUGAAUGCUGUUAUGACGGGAGGAUUUGCUACCAUAGCUGGUGGUGUUUUAGCUGCUUACAUCUCUUUUGGGGUACCAGCAGAACAUUUAUUAUGUGCGUCUGUGAUGAAUGCCCCCUGUGCCUUGGCAGUAUCUAAACUUCUAUAUCCAGAGACCGAGGAGAGCAAGCUUAAAACUACAGCUGAUUUACAACAGGAGGAAAAGAAAGAAAGAAAUAUUUUAGAGGCAGCAGCAGCUGGGGCCUCAGCAUCCAUUAAACUGGUGGCCAACAUUGCAGCUAAUCUUAUAGCCUUUAUAGCCAUGUUAGAGUUUGUUAAUGCUGUCUUAUCAUGGUUUGGUAGCUUUGUUGGAGUUCCAACACUUUCAUUUCAGGUUAUUUGCUCUUAUGUGUUAAUGCCAUUAGCCUAUUUGAUGGGAGUAGACUGGAAGGAUGCAGGUCUGGUCGGAGAACUUAUAGGAAUGAAAACAUUCCUUAAUGAAUUCCUCGCCUAUAAAGAGUUAGCUGGCUACAUGUCCAACAGAAUGGACUGCUCUGGGCCUUACUUAUCUGUAAGAUCUGAGACUAUUGCUACAUAUGCCUUGUGUGGAUUCGCCAAUUUCAGUUCCCUGGGGAUGCAGCUUGGAGCUCUGGGUCCAAUGGCCCCUUCUAGGAAAGGAGAUUUAGCUCAGAUUGUAAUGAGAUCUUUACUAGGAGGAAUUAUAGCCUGUCUCAUAACAGCUUCUGUAGCAGGACUCUUGGUGAAUGAUGAUCCAUCAAUGAUAACCUGUGCCUUCAUGUCUAACUCUUCAGCCAUCGUGAAUUCUACAGUGACUGCUGUCAGCUAUAACGUCACAACCAUCCUGAAUUCUACAGUGACUGGUGUUAGCUAUAAUGUAUCAGCAGCUUUAUGAUGACAGUUUAUUUUAGUCUGUACAUAUUUUUAAUGCUUUAUUUUUUAAUAUUUUAAAUUUUCUUUUUUAGUUUAUGACUGUGUCUUAUUCUCUAUAUAUAACUGUAAGAUUGCUUUUUUAUUUCUUUUUUGUAACAACAAUAUGUGUUCUAGAUCUGUUGAAAAAUACUCCAUAUAUUCUUACACACUAUAAGGUAGGCAGCACAAUAUUAGCUAGUAGUUUUGAAUUGUUAACUUUAUAGUUGACAGAAAACUAUGAUUAAAAGCCAGAAACAGAAGGUUAUUUUGCUGGCCAAGUAACAUCACCGGUAAACAAAUGAAUACCAGUGCAAUGCAGUAUAAUGCAGUCCCAAUUUAUUAUUUGCUAACACUGCCAUUUUAAUUAGCAUUUGUUAUAGAGAUAGAAUUAACAUGUAUAUCAUCUAUUUUUUUUAAGGAAUUUGGAAAUGUUUCCCCAUUUUACAGGGACAAUUUAUAAUGUGGUUUAUGAUCAUACUUCUCAUUAAUGUGUUCGUAGUAUUUAUCUUGAUAUACCGGUAUUUUAUUUGCAGUGUUUUUAUUUUAUUUAUUAUGUCUUUAAGACAGUUUAUUAUUUUUGUCUCAAUAUUUAUAACAAUACAUUUAUUAUUAAAUGAAAUGCAUACUUGUGAAAAUUCAACAUUACCUUGAAGCUUGUCACUGUUGGACAGUAUUAAUUUUAAGGAUGAUUUAAGUGAUGUAGAAUACAAAGAUUCACUUUAUUUGUUGAAUGAAACUGGUGGAUGGAGGUAAUGAAUAACUCUUAUGAUUGUAUGAAUGAGUUAUGCCCUAAAACUAGAAAAACUUAUUUUGUUUAAAAUAAUCAUUGAUAUACCCUGAUACAUGAAAGAGAGUAACUUUUACUGAUGUUUUUAAAUCUUUUCUGAAUGUUACUAAUGCAACUUGUUGCAUCAAAUUAACAUCACAGUCAGAGAAUAAAGAAUAUUAUUUCAAUAUUAUGAUGAUUUAAUUUUUGUCAAAAACAAUAUGUCUUUUAAUGUUUCUAGAUUGUAGUUAAAAGCAGUGAAUCCAUCCUUUGUUUAAAUUGUUCAACCUGCUAUUUUAACAAGUCUUCAAAUAUAUCAAGUUUUACUUAUCUGUUUGUAAGAAAUGUAGCAUUUACUUAUUUUGUGUUCAACAAACAUUACUAUAUAUAUCAUAUCACUAGAUCGUCCUGGACAUGCAUGAAAUGUUCGCCACUGGACAUUAAGCAACCAACAAUCAAUGAAUCAUAUCAUUAGAAAACACUGGUUUGAUACCAAAAGAUAAUCUGCAAGUUAACUUGAUAUACACAAAUCAUCUAGAUGAUGUUUACUUUUUUAUACUUAUUUAAAAUUAUAUUUUGACAAAUUUAAA